CUCGCCCACUUGCCAUCUACCGCUUCACUCCCGUUCUUUUCGGUUAUUUUCUGCUACGGCCGUUCCCCGCCCUGCCCUGGGCCCAGGGGGCCGCGGUCUGAACUUUGGUCGGCUGGAGGAGUCGUCCCCGACCUCCGUCAGAAAUGGGGAACGUGCAGUCGGAGCCGUCCGCGGGCGGGGGCUCCCGAAAAGAACAGGCCUCGGACCGCUCCUCUGAGUCCCGCCGGACAUCCCUGGUGGAGCCCGAGGUGACCCCCUCCUCCCCGGCGAUGCGCCUGGCUCGCGGGCUGGGCGUCUGGUUCCCUGGAAGCUCCGCGCCCCCGGGAAUCCUGCUACCCCCGGAGCCCCAGGCCUCACCCUCGCCCCUGACCUUACAACUGCCCUCGCCAGUGACGCCCCUUUCAGAGGAGGCGGCUGCGGCCGCGGUCUCUACACCACCCCCGCCCUCCGUGGGGACCCUGUUGCCCGCGCCGUCUAAGUGGCGAAAACCCACGGGCACUCCAGUGCCCCGGAUGCGCGGUCUGCUGGAGGCGAGCCAUCGCGGCCAGGGCGAUCCUCCGAGCCUCCGUCCGCUGCCUCCGCCGCCCCGGCAAGUAACUGGAGAGGACCCCAAGUCUGUCCCGAGGGCCCCAUCCCCUACUCCACUGCCCUUGGAGCCGCGGAAGUUACCACCACCGCCACCUUCCGACCGGCAGCCUCCGGAUCACAGAAUCAUUCCUGCUCUGGCCACACCCGCCACGCCCCCGACAGAAAGUCAGGUCGGGUACGGCAGCGAGGGCCAGACUGCGGUUGGAGCUCGCAGAGGGGCGCCUCCCCAAGCGGGCGAGGGAGAAAUGGCCCGGCCUGCGGUAUCUGAAUCCGGCCUCAGUUUGCUAUGCAAAGUCACCUUCAAGUCGGGGCCCACUCUGGCCCCUGCGGCAGCCUCGAGUUCCUUAGCACCCAAAGCCUCGCUCGGGGGUAGCGGAGGAGGCGGAGGGCUCUUCGCUGCCGCAUCGGGUUCCAUCUCUUACGCUGAGGUCCUGAAGCAGGGGCCCCUGGCUCCUGGGGUCGCUCGACCCUCGGGAGAGGUCCCUCGGGGGACUCAGGAAGCAGAAGGCGGUGAUGGAGAUGGCGAGGGGUGUUCUGGAACCCCCUCGGCGCCCGUGUCCCACGCCAGGACCCUUCCGCCGCCACCCUAUACCACCUUUCCAGGCUCGAAGCCCAAAUUUGACUGGGUGAGCCCUGCGGAUGGCCCUGAACGCCACUUCCGUUUCAACGGAGCCGGCGGCGGUGUCGGGAUGCCCAGACGGCGCGCUGCCGCUCUCUCAGGGCCCUGGGGGUCCCCACCGCCUCCGCCGGGGCAGAUGCACCCAACCCCCGGGCCCCGGAGGCCUGCACCGACCCUGCUGGCGCCGCCUAUGUUCAUCUUCCCGGCGCCCACCCAUGGUGAGCCUGUGAGCACCCGGCCGGGAGGCCCACAGGAGGUGCUGCCACCGCCACCGCCCACGCCACCACCCACGCCGCCUCCCGCGCCGCCGCCGACUCCGCAGCCGCCGGUGCUCCUGCCAACGCGGCUGCCCGUGGUCCGCCCUCCCACUCCACGCCCGGGCCACUUGGAGUUGGCUUUGGCUCCCGCCCCGGCUCCCACUCUGCCCCUCGCCUUGGCUGCUGACCAGGCCCCCACCCCGACCCCCGCCCCGGCCCCGGCCCAGACCCCGGCCCCAGUUCCGGCCCCGGCUCCGGUCCCGGUCCCGGCCCCGGCUCCUUUUCCAGCGCCAGCGCCGACGCCAGCCCCGGCCCCGGGCCCUGCCCCGGCCCCGGCUCCGGCCCCGGCCCGGGCCCCAGCCCCGGCUCCCGCUCCAGCUCCGGCAUCAGCCCCCGCUCUGGCUCCAGCUCCCGCUUCGGCCCCCGCCCCAUCCCCGGCUCCAGCUCCCACCAUGGAGCCAACGCUGCCUGCGCCUGCGCCCAUCAAGGCCCGCACGCGAAGGAGCAAGGGUGCCCGAGCAGCCCGAGGCGCGACCCGUGAGGAUGGCGCGCCGGGAGAUGGUCCUCGCGAACGUACUGCAGCUAUCGUGCUUAACUCCUGUCCCUGCAAGUGUUACUGCCGCCACCAGCCGCGUCAUCGCCGUCUACCACGCAACGUGUCUGCCUGGCUGAGCACGCCCACCAACCACCUGAGCGAGCCACCCUGGGUUGCCACCAUCAAGCUGGCUGGCUCCCUGGUGGCCGGGCUGGAGCACUACGACUUGCAAGCCACUCAUUCCAACUGAGUGCAGUCUGCUCAGUGCCCUCUGCUUCCCCGUCCUUGACAAUAAAAUAACCAUCCAGAUGUCUAGCUACCUGUCAGUCACUUCCUCAGGGUUGAAGGGAUGAGGUGGGCUAGGGCAAAGGCCGCCACGAAAGCACGUCUUAGAAACAGUUAAGGAGACUCGAUCCAGACAGCAGUCGUGGAAAUCCAGGCAUCCGGCACCUGGACUGAUGGGCCCAGCGGGUUAGACAGUCUCGUUACCCUUAAUACCAUCAGCCCCAUUUCUGAGCCAAUCUGAGGCCAAGC